CAUAAUUUAUCAUUUUUAAAAAAAUCCAAUAGUUAUUAGACAUCGACUAACUUCAGUAUCAUGAAAAAAAUGAAUUUUAAAUAAAUACCUGAUUGUUAAUAAUCAUCAAUGUGAUAAAAAAUUAAUUUGUACAAUGUGAUAUUUGUAAAAAUAAUUUUUAAAUGUAAAAAUUAUAAAAAAUGACUCACCAAGCGGCAAGUUCUAUGUCUAGGCUGGAAUCUGAGCUGAAAAAAAAAUCUAUUAGAAUAUAAAAUAUUUAAAAGUUUAUUGAAGGCUAAAUAUUAAGUGAUAUAUGUACUUUGAUGAAUGAUUAGAUGAAAUUCAACGAAAUGAUGACUUCAGUAAACAGAUUGAAUCCAUUGCCGACAACAGGGCAUACAAUUUAUUAUUUAAUUACACUUGAUCACUGACACUUAUUUUAGUUUUACUAUUUCACUACACUCAAUCACUGACACCUUUCAUUACACUAUUUAACGUCACUAUUUAUUUACACUCAAAUCACUGUCACUUUGAAGUACAUUUUUAAAUUACAAGUAUGAAAUAUGAUCCUGAAAUUAGCAGACAGCUCACAAUUUUUCUUUUUUCUUUUUUCAAAAAUUUAAUUAAAAAAAAAAAAACUAACAAUGUGCACAUGUAGAAAAUUUAAAAAACUAUAAGUGCAAUUUUUUAAAAUAUGUUUUUUUUUUUAUAAUUUAUCGGUUUUCAAAAAUCCAAAAAUUACUAUCGAGGUCGGCUAAUUUACGCCUUAGAUAAUUGAAAAAUCAGUACGCGCAUAUUUUUAAAUUUCAUUAUUUUUAUUAAUUUAUUCAUUUGUUUAAAAUUUAUAAAUUGUCUAAUAUUUGCUACAUUCACACUCACUUUGAAUUACACUAUUUAUCUACACUCAAUCACUGACACUUUCAAUAACACUAUUUAAUUACACUUAAUUACUUACACUAAAUAUUUACGUGACUAUAUUAAAAAAUGUAAUUUAAUAACAACACUAAUUUAAUUGUAUUUUAUUUAAACACUUUUAAAAAAAUAAACAGAAGAACAAAUUAACGUCUACCGGCUGUAAUAUUUCGCUUCGUCUGCAGCUCUCGCUACUAAAAAACUAAAAGCUGAGCAAACGUUAGGAAGUGACACAUAGCGCUUAGGUUGCCGCGUACUUUAACUACAUUAAUUUUUAUAAGCCGUUCAAUUUAUUUUAAUUUAUUGUUUCAAAAAAUAGGUAAAAAUUAAACUGAUUGUAAGUAAUUCAUAUGAUACUGAAGUUAAUUACUAAUUAAUAACUACCCGGAGAGUUGACAAUUUAAAUUAUUUUUAUUUAAAAAAUUUCGAUUGAAUUAAUUGUUUUUCUUUUAUUGGGAGCUUUGCCUUCAGACUACACAUUGAAAUUUUAUUUUUUAUAAAGAAAUAUAAAGAGAGUGUUGAUUUUUACGCAUAUAAAUUUAUGUGUCUAAAUAUUUCUUACCAAAGAAUCAAAAAAUCUUUAAAACCCGGAAAAUUUUAAUAUUAAUUCAAUAUAUUAAUCUCAUAAAUUUAAUAUCCCGGAAACUAUGCGAGUAUCGAAAAAUUUAUUUUAAAAAAAGUUAUACUAUAAAAUUCUUAUUCAAAAUACCAACAUGUCAUCAACAAUCUCCAAUAGACUUAACAUUUGACACUUAUUGAACAAAUCUAGGAUAUGUUCAUUAAAAAAUACAUCUGCACGUUUAUUUGUCACCUGUUUACUUAUGAAAAUUUACUGAUCAGUGAUCACCAUCACGAAACAGCAUUCUAGCUGCCUUGGAUAUUUCUAAUAGAAACCUCUCGCCAUUUUUUUUCCCCAAAGCGCUAAUUUUUCAAACUCCGUGCACGCGCUAAUAUACAAAACCGAGAUAACAAAAACUCUGCAUUACCGAGGAUCAAAUGUCAAAAUGUCAGCUGAUUAUUUUAUUUACAUAUAAAUUAAACAAAAAACUACUGUUUAAUAAAAUGACUAUUGUUUACUCAGUUAAAUCUAUUUAACUUAAUAAUAAUAGUCAAUAUUUAUUAUUUGUUAUUGUAUUUUUAAUUUAAAUAAUGAAUAAAUUAAUUUUAUCUGAGUAUGAAGAUAUUAACUCAUUAUUAUUAAAACCUAUUGUAGCAACACAAAGAAUAAAGUAUACUUGUAUCCAUGUAUCAACAAAUUAUGUAGCACUUGGAUCAACUAGUGGUAGUAUUUAUUUAUUUACACGUGAGCCAUGUACUUUUCAACAAUUAAUACCUCAAUCAGAAGGGCCAGUUACUCAUGUCCUGAUAUCACCUGAUGAAAAAACACUAGCAUUGUCAACAAAACGUGGUAGUAUUUGUGUUAUUAAUAUUAAACCAGUUAAAUUAUUAUCAAUAAUAUCAAAUGGACGUGAUACAGUAAUAACUUGUUUAUGUUGGAAUGAAAAAAGUUCAGAAAUUUAUGUCGGUGAUAAUAAUGGAAAAGUAUCUACUGUUGUAUUAUCAAUUUUUACUGUAAAUGGAAUGUUUCAAGCACCAUCGUGUGCAUUAAUGCAUUUAGACUCAUCAGUUGUACAAAUGGAUUAUUCCUCUCACUACUUACUGGUAUCAACACUCACUCGGUGUUACAUUUGUGACACGUCUCAUGAACAAUUCAAACAAAUCGGUAACAAAGCACGUGACGGCGAGUAUGGUGGGUGUUUUUUUAAAAAUCAUGAGCAAGUUAAAUCAUCACUAUCAUUAUCAUCAUCGUCGUCAUCGAGCUCAAUGGCAACCGAUGCCUCGGAAAAAGUUCAAAAAUCAAUAGGUCUGACAAUGAUGGGUUUAAAUGAUCAGCCAGUUGAUGAUAAUUUAAUAGUUUAUUGUACGAGACCUGGUUGCCGUCUUUGGGAAGUCAAUGUAAGCGGUACAGUUGUAAAGACUCAUCAAUUUAAAGAAGCACUUAAACCACCCGCUAAAAUAUUCAAAUCAUCAUCUAUAAAAUCCAGUUAUUGUGAUAACGACAGCUCAAAAAAUACUCAAACAAUUAAUUUUUCACGUUUACAAGUUAUAAAUAAUAAAUACUUGCUCUCUUAUACUACUAAUAAUAUAUUUAUAAUAGAUCCAAUAAAUACAACAAUUAUAUCGACUGAAUUUAAUAAUAUAUUUAUGAUUAAUGUGAUUGAUGAUAAAAUUUAUAUUAUGACGACACUAGGUACCUUUCAUUAUUUAUUAUUGUCGACAAGUGAUUAUUUAAUUUUAAAAUUUUAUGAUCAUAAAUUAUUUGAUGAUUGUUUACAAUUAUGUAAAUUGUAUCGUAAUGAUUUAACAAAUGACGCAGAUAUAAAUAAUGUUUUACUUCCGAUAAUCGCAUCAAUACAAUCGAAUUUUACACCACAGAGAUUACAUUCGGGAAUUGUUGUUGUUAAUUCAGGCCACGGUUUAUUUAAUAAUGAUGAGUAUAAUAAUUAUUUUUUAGAAAUUAAUGAUAAAAAUAAAAGUGAAAUAAAACAGAAAGUUGAUAAUGAAUCAGAUGAAAUUAUUUUAACAAAUGAAUUUAAAAGCAUGACAAUUAAUGGUAGCAAUGGUGAUAUUAAAAAUAAUUAUUUUAAAAUAAAUGAUUCAACGAAUAAAAGUAAUGAUGGUGAUUUGGAAUCUCAAUUUAAAAAUGAGUUUAAAAAUAUUCAAAGUGAUGUAGAACCGAUUUAUGAGUUGAUAAAUUCAUUGAAAAAUUGUCUUAAUGAAGACACUGAUAAAAUAAUUAAUGAUAUAAUUAAAAAUAUUAUGGAUAUUAAAAAUAAAUAUAAACAAAUUGAAUUAAAACAAUUUAUUUAUGAAAUAAUACGAUCUGUUGAACGUCAUUAUUUUAAUGUGUUAUUAGAAAAUGUGAUGAUUGAUUUAUAUUUUGAAAAUAAUUUUGUGAUUGAUGAAAUUACUCGGGCAUUUAUUGAUUUAAAUUCAAGUGCUGAUUGUAUUUGUGAGAAAAAUUUUUUGAAAAAUAAUUACCACGCUAUGGAACCAAAGUUUAUUGAAGUAGGAAUAAAUUUACUUAAAUUAUUAGUUAAAGUAAAUAAAAGCAAUGCAAUAAAUAUAUGUUGUAAAAUACCGUACAUGUGGCACGAGUAUUUUCAAAUUCAAAUAGAUAAUAAAUUUGAAUGUGAUAUUAUUCCAUUGUGCCUUCAAACUAGAGACAAUAAAAUUAUUGCCAAUUUAUUCAUACUUCUGGAUGACGACAAAGAGCUAUGGAAUUAUGCCGCUGAAAGUUAUAAAUUUAUGGAGAAAGGUAUUUGUUUGGUGUGCAAACGAAAAUAUAAAGCUUUAAUUAGUAACGAUAAUGAGCAAUUUGAUGUACUUGAUUGGAGUGAAAUAGCUCGUCUUAUUAUAAAGAAAAAAAAUAUUGACACGGCAUUUAAAUUUCUUAAAAAUUUGGAAAAAUUAUUACCUCAUGUUAAAUUAAAAGAAAAUAUUUAUCAGUCACUUAUAUUUACAAAAUUAUUAGAUCAACAUGGACUUGAUCAUACAGUUGAAUUUGAUGGGAAUAAAUUAAAUAAUGAUUAUAAUUCGAUUUGUUCAUCAGAAGUACAGAAAAUGCUUAAAGAAUCAUUGGAAAAAGAUAUCGAAAAAGAAAUAAUUAAAAAAAAUUUAUUUGGAAGUGGAGUCCAUCAUUGGGGAAUUAAAUUCAAGACAAAAUCAUCAAUAUGUUCUUCCUGUACUCUUUCAUUACAAACCCCAGUUUUAUUAGGAAAUAAUGGGAUAUCAAUAUUUCCAUGUGGUCAUGCUUAUCACGUUAAUUGUCUUUUACAAAAAAAAUCAACAAAAUGUUUUCUUCAUCCAUAAAAAAUAAAAGUAAAAGAAAAAAAACUUUUUUUAAUGUAUAUAAUAUGAAAUUUUUAAAAUUUAAUUAUUUAAAAUUUUUAGAUACAAUUUUUGUGCCAAAUAAUAAAAUAAAAUACUCUCUACUUAUUAAAUUAAA